AUGCGGUCAUUGCAUGUUUUCUCUCUGCUCUGCACUCUUGCUGCAGCUUCCAACGGGGCCAAAAUAGACAGGCGCCAUGUCGUGCAAACGUUCAACCCUCGCCGAAAUGCGAGCUCGCCGGAGACCCCUUUGCAGGUUGGCAACGGCAACUUUGCCUUUGGCGCUGAUGUGACAGGUCUACAGACGUUCAGCCCCUUUGCUACCAUGUCAACAUGGGGCUGGCACAACUUCAGUCUGCCAACGACACCAGGCCAAACAUCCAUAGACGACUACAAUGGCACAGAGUGGUGGACUCAUGACCGGCUUGUCCAAUACAACAUGCCGAACAAAAACAACGAAGAUAUCGCCAACUGGCUCCGGGAGAAUCCUCACCGCAUCAACCUUGGCUCUAUUGGCCUCUCAUUUGGUGAAGAUGAUGUCAAAGAGGAAACGCUCCAAGCCAAAUCCCAAGAGUUGGACUUAUGGAACGGGGUCAUCAAGUCCUCUUUCACAUACCAGGGCUCUGUCGUCGAGGUUGAGACACGAGCCGACCCAGACUCGGAUACCGUGGCUAUCCGCAUCAAGUCUGAACUUCUCUCCACGGGCGGCCUGGGCGUCUUCUUCGAUUUCCCCUAUCCCGACAACAACAAGUUUGACGAACCUUUUGUAGGACUCUUCAACCAGACUGACAAGCACUCCACAUCGCUGAUCAGCUGUGGGAACCACGCCACGAUCCAUCACGAUUUGGAUUCCUUUGAGUACGACUUGGUCCUCGAGUGGAACGGCAAAGGCAAAGUCGUGGCUGCCAGCGAUGGGAGCCAUCGCCAUACCCUGACCGUCGAAGGUUCCCAUGAGCUUGAAUUGACGGCCCACUUUGCGCCCUCCAAGCCGGAACGUCGUCCUAGCUAUGGUGAGAUCGUGGCCGCGUCCGAGGCAUGGUGGCCGGCAUACUGGACGAAGGGUGCCUUUGUCGACCUCACAGUAACCGACGCAGCCGAUGCGAUGGAACUGCAACGACGCACGAUUCUGUCUCAGUACCUUGUCGCUGUCAACAGCGCGUCCGACUACCCGCCUCAGGAAUCCGGCCUCGUCAACAAUGGCUGGUUCGGCAAGUUCCAUAUGGAAAUGAUCCUCUGGCACCACGUCCAGUUUGCUCGCUGGGGCCACUGGGAUCUCCUCCACCGCGGUCUGCCGCACGUCUGGGACCGGCUGCUCGAAGGGGCCUUUGAGCGCGCCGCCACCCAAGGCUACGACGGCGCCCGCUGGGGCAAGAUGACGGAUCCGUCGACCAUCGACUCGCCGGGCGAGAUCAACACGCUGCUGAUCUGGCAGCAGCCGCAUCCGAUGUACUUUGCCGAGCUCGAGUACCGCGCGUUCCCGACCAAGGAGACGCUCGACCGCUGGGCCCGGCUCCUCGACGCGUCGGCCGACUUUAUGGCCUCGUACGCCUGGUUCAACGAGACGACGGGCGUGUACGACCUCGGCCCGCCCAUGUACCCGUCCUCGGAGAACACGAACCCCAACGUGACGGUCAACCCGCCCUUUGAGCUCGCCUACUGGCGCUUCGGCCUCGACGUCGCGUCCGACUGGCGCCGACGCAUGGGCCGCCCGGUCCCCGCCACGUGGACCACGGUCAAGGACCACCUCGCCCCGCUGCCCGUCGUCGACGGCACGUAUCCCGUCUACGAGGGCGUGCCGGACAUGUGGGUCGACCCGGUGACCGUGUACGACCACCCGUCCAUGUCGGCCGUCUACGGCCUGCUGCCGCCGCCGCGGUCGGGCGCGCCGCUCAACGAGACGGUGCUCGCCGAGACGGCGGCGCGCAUCUGGAAGCUCUGGGACCUCGACGGCUCGUUCGGCUGGGACUUUCUCAUGCUGGCGAUGAAUGCGCUGCGGCUCGGGGACGCCGCGCGGGCGGUCGAGUACCUCCUGCACCCGACGUUCCGGUUUGACGAUGCUGGGUAUCCCGUGGGCGGCACGCGCGUGCCGACGCCGUACUUUCCCAGCGCGGGAAGCCUGCUCAUGGCGGUGGCCAUGAUGGCGGGGGGCUGGGACGGGAGCGAGGGCGCCCACUUCCCCGAGGCGUGGACGGUGGCUGUAGAGGGGUUCGUGCCGGGCCUGUAG